AUGCCGGAGGCCAUUGACGAUCUCUUGAAAACUGGACAUUGGUCCACGUCGAGGGCAAAGAGUCCGCAACGCUUGUCGCCGAGCAGCUUCGACAAUCCUCCCAUUCGCCCCAAUCAAGGUGUCAAGCUUGGGCCGCACGUUCCCAGGUCGUUUGCCUUUGACUCUUGCGACUUUCCCAAACGCUCCCGGCCCCCCAUUGUGGAAGAUGAGACGGCGUCAUUAGAGCGAGAGUACAGUGCCACCGCAAAGCCCAGCUCGUUCCCAGAGGAGGAAGCCAAAUUUCCUGGAGAUAUCGAUCAGCAACCCAUAUUCGAAAAUGUCCACGAAAACAACCCCGAGAGACGCUUCGUGAUCCUGCAGACGGACGGCGAUGCUCCGGCCGCCGAGGUCGAGCAGACCCCCACGGGCGGUUCUUACUCGGCCAAUACCGGCCGCAAAGUGAGCAACUCGCGGAUUGACGACAACAAUGGUAUCCCUCCACCAGCAGAGAUCAAACGACGAAGAAGCCGCUUGGAUCUACCUCGUCUAGACACAGAAUUCCAGGAGUCCAGCCGCCCAUCCAGUGCGCACCGAGAGCGCCGGGAGAAACCCGAGGUUCAUGUCGACCAGCCGCCGAGAGAUAGACGGGACUCCUCCGAGACCCAUGAGUCCGCUGACAAGUUUCUCUCCCCAUCGGUGAUCAAACACUCGACCAACGGGCGCUAUAGGGCGUAUCAGGACUUCAGUCGAUCUCCUCAUGAGAGCCGCACAUCCGUUGACCGUGGCAACCGUGUGACCUCCGAGGAUCGGCGGUCUUCUAACCGUCACGACUACGAUCGGCGGGAAAGGCUGGCGCCGUCCACCGGUCCUCUUGGUCCCAGGCGCUCGACCUCGGCAAUUGAGGUGCCACAGGUUUCCAGGAGACCAUCGGUCAAACGCCGCAGCCGGGAUGAGCUGGCAGAGAGCCCGCGUGCAAGCCGGAACAGCCUCCAUGGCGGGAUGUCCUCAUCCUAUGACCCGAGACGCUCCCCGCCUCCACCAAUCGAACGCCGGGCGUCUUCACCACCACACCGCAGUUAUGGAGAUCGAGACAAGUCCUCAAGGCGAGACUCGAGGCAUUCAAGGAGCCCGAACACGACCCGGAAUAGUUACGACGACUCAAGUGACGACGACUUGAGUAUCCACCGGCCACACCGUGAUAGGGGAACUUCUUUCCUCAACCAGGAUGAUCGCAAUUACCUGUUGAGCCCGGAGUCCGCUCUGCCGCCGAUGAGACCCAGAUCAGGCACUCUGUCAUCGCGGCAAACUACACCUCUGGCGUCGCCCCGAGUGUCACAAAGCUACUUCCCUGAGAUGCCAAACCCAAGGAGCUCGGUCACGUUCUCGACUCCUUCCAAGGAGAAGCAUGAACCAAGGCCGGUAUCUCCGUUCUCGUCUGCAUCUUCUUCAUCUCGCAAUGGGUCGCGGGGUUCGGGCGACGGGCAUCCAAAGCCUAGAUCCCGCGCACCAAGCUUCAAUGCCGGCGCUGCUGCUGCGGGUGCUGCCGCGAUUGCUAUGGCAGCUCCUGCCGUACUGCCCAGUUUCCCCGAGUCUCCUAUUGAGAGGAGGCACUCGCCGAUGCCGCCGCCCGCGCACUCGCGCCAAGGCUCCGGGGAUAAAGAUUCAAGCAAAAUUCCCUGGCAACCUCCUGCAUUCAACCCUCUAGACAGCGGUGUAUCUCUGGACAAGCCGAUCGUCUCCUACAGACGAUACUCCGAAGAUGUCCACGAGGGCAAUGUGGCUGAUAUGCCAACAUGUCCCAGGAUGGCUCCCGAGGCCGGUCGACACGAUUGGCUUACUAUCUCGCGUUGCGACAGCUUCAAUGUCUGUCCCACUUGCUAUCAUGCUGUAUUCGUUUCCACUCCGUAUCAGCACCAACUAGUUCCGGCGCCGUUCCGGGCUGUCGACAAGCCGAUAGCGUGUGAUCUGGGGACCUCUCUGUGGUAUCGGAUUGCAUGGCUCAUGACUAAGAAAUACAACGUUCCAGACCUACGCUAUCUCAAGGGCAUUGCUGAUGUGACGGCCAAGUACCCGCAAUGUCCCCUCAACGAUCGCACUACCUGGCAUACUGUCAUCGAUCCCCGCACGAAUAAGCCUGUGCCUGACUUGAGGGUCUGCCCUGGAUGCACCAAGUCGGUGGAGAUGUUGUUCCCGAACCUUACCGGCGUGCUGCGCCCCAUGGCCGGCCCCGACCCGGACUACCGAUCAUGCUCGCUCCAUUUCACCCCGCAGAUGGACAAGUUUGUGGAGUACUUUGACGUGCUCGAGUCCGCUUCGGACAAGGCGGUCGAGUCCAAGACCACGAUCGACGUCGGGCAGUUGGCAAAGAGGCUCAAGCAGAUCGCGAUACCCCACAAGUGCCCUGGCGACCACCCGGUUGAGAGCAGAAAGUGGUAUCUACUGACUUCGAUGCCCCGGUUCACCGUGUGCGAGGAAUGCUACCACGAAGUCAUCUACCCCGAAAUGUACGCUUACCCUCCCGGGGCGAUCAAGUUCACCCCCGCGCCGCAGGUCCUGCCCAAGGCCGAGUGCAAGCUCUAUUCCUCGAGGAUGCGAGACGUCUUCAAGAGAGCCUAUCGCAAGGAUGACUUGUCGCUGUUGGAAGGGAAGUUCUUUGAGAGAGAAGCAAAGGAGAUGGACAUCUUCAAGCGCCUGGACAGAUUGGACAAGGCUCCCCCGAGUUCCGCUCGGAGCAAAGAGGUCAAGCGCCUCCUUGAGGAGUGGAAACGAUGCGAAUGA